AUGGGCUUCUACUCGGCCUGUCAUCUUGUGGAGCCGAUCGGCGAGCGGCUGAGCGGCUUCAAGCACCUGCAGUUGAUGACGGGGAUGUCUGGUUCGCUCUACUGGAUCGGCCACCUGCUCUUCGACGGCGCCGGAGCCAUGGUCAGCUCGUGCGUCUUCAUGGUGGCAUUUAUUUUCAGUCAUGACACGCUUUCCGGGACGUACUGGGCGGCCAUGUGGCUUCUGAUGCUCGCCUACUGCUUCGCCAUGUUGCCACUCAUCUACCUGUGCACGAUGAUGUUCUCGGAGUCGGACAGAGCCUACUUUGUCCUGGCACUGACCUUCAUGCUCGCUGGCAUCGUGGGAUCUCUGACUGUGGAACUGUUCGACCUGUUGGCCGCGUACGCGCCGUCGUUCCUUAUGACGGUGGCGAUCGUGUGCUUGGGGUUUCUGUGCCGCUGGUUCCCCACGUACUCCUUCUCGCGAGGCAUCGUGAAGCUGGUCCUGCUGGCCAGGUACAACGCCGUCUGCACCACGGGCGGGGAACUGCUCAAGGCUGCCUGCAGUGACGGCGCCCUCUCCACCGACGACAGGAUCAUGCCCUGCUGCGAAGCCUUGCAGAAGAACGGCAGCGCAGAACUGCUCCAGCCGCUAGGGCCCGGCUACGAGACCGGUUUCUUUGAGGCCAUCACCUCCUGCACGGUAUGGUCUGGCACCUGA